CACUAUUCAGGGAAACACUUUAACAACGCCAACUUACGUUUGUAAAUUUUAAUUAAAGAAUUAUUUUAAAGAAAAAUAAUGGAUAUACGACCAUCGCACUCAAUCUACGUCAAUAAUCUCAACGAGAAGGUAAAAAAGGAUGAGCUGAAAAAGUCACUGUACGCAAUUUUCAGCCAAUUUGGUCAAAUUCUCGAUAUUGUGGCACUGAAAACUUUAAAGAUGAGAGGACAAGCAUUUAUUAUUUUUAAGGAGAUAUCUAGUGCCACUAAUGCAAUUAGAACCAUGCAAGGAUUUCCAUUUUACGACAAACCAAUGAGAAUCAACUACUCAAAAACGGAGAGUGAUGUUAUUGCUAAGAUGAAGGGCACAUUUAAAGAAAGACAGAAGAAACCAAAAGCACCAAAAGUCAUUGAAGAGAAAAAAGCAAAGAAGAAGACAAUUGAUCCAGCACAAGCAGCUAUUAACUCAUCAAAUAUCGAACAACCUCCUAAUCAAAUUCUUUUCCUUACAAAUCUACCCGACGAGACUAAUGAAAUGAUGUUAAGCAUGCUGUUCAACCAGUUUCCUGGAUUCAAAGAAGUUCGUCUCGUUCCUGGUCGUCAUGAUAUUGCAUUUGUGGAGUUUGCCACUGAAAUUCAAAGUGGUGCAGCGCGAGAAGCUCUAAAUGGAUUCAAAAUUACUCCUACUCAUUCUAUGAAGAUUUCAUUCGCUAAGAAAUAAACACUUUUAAGCUCCUCAAAUUCGUCAGCAUCAAUGAUGAAUUUACCACGCCACUGCAACGCAUAUAAAUUAAGGAAUAAAUAAAAGGAUUUUUAAAAGCAUUGCACAUUCCGCUUUUAAAUUUUUGUAUUGAUUGAUUCGUCUGUGAUAAUAGGUAGCUAUGUGUGAUUUU